UGGGUGUAUCCACCGUUGAAAUCCAUCCAACGGCUGUCACUCUUUCACUGCCCAAGCUUUAUCCUUUCACCAGAGCAAAAGGCGAGCGGGGGAAAAGGGGGUUCGGCGCGCAGCAGACUCCAUCUCCCGCGCGCCGGGCAUCCUUUCUCCUCCCCUUGCCCCCUUUCCCGCCCUUAAGCACCAGCACCCCCCCCCCUCUAAACCCCACAAAUCGCACACAUUCCUGGCUUCUCGCCGCGAGGGGAGCUCCAUACGUGGGUUCCGCGAACUCGAUUUCAUAGGUUUCGUAUCUGAUUUUGAGGUCUUGGGGUGGGGAUUUGGGGGCGCCUUUGCUUGUUUGACCCGGUUCUUGGAGUGUGAGCUGCUGCUAUAAGCUCACUCGGGGCCGGAGCAGUAGAUCUGUGGAGAUAAACCCCUACAAAGCCCUCCAAAUCUUGGGAGUUCUUCGUUUUCGAGCGGGUUUCGUGCUGGUCUUCCCAGAAAUUGGGGAUUUUUGGGGGGAUUUUGGCUCUAGGUUUGGGUUGGUUUGAGCGAGAUUUUGGAGAUUUUUGCGGUGUUCGUGGUGGAUGAAAUUUGCGGCGGCGGCGUGGCAGUAGCAGCACCGGUGGACCCGCGGCCUCCGGCGAUGUCUUCCGCCGACUCCCUCGCCUCCGGCCGGAGCCGCCGCGCUGGGCCUCCCCUGCCCCGGCCCAAGCGCGUCCGCGUCUACUUCGUGGACGCCGACGCAACGGACACCGACUCCUCCGGCGACGAGGACGAGCGCGGCAAGCGGCGCGUGCGGGAGGUCAUCCACAUCGACGUGGAAGCCGCAGGCUCGGCGCCCGCGGCGCUGGCGCUGGUGCCCCCGAAGAAGCGGCCGCUGGCCUCCUCGGCGGCCGCGGCGCUCGCGCGGCGCCGCGCUGCCGCGGCCGGGUUCCGGCGGUCGUUCCGCGGCGUGCGGCUCCGGCCGUGGGGCAAGUUCGCGGCGGAGAUCCGCGACCCGGCGCAGCGCAAGCGCCUGUGGCUCGGUACCUUCGACACCGCCGAGGAGGCCGCGGCGGUGUACGACGACGCCGCGCUCCGGCUCAAGGGCUGCCAGGCUGUCGUCAACUUCCCGUCCGCCCCCGUGUCUCGGUGUGCGCGCAUGAAGCCCCGCCCUCGCCGGGAGGCGGCGGCGGCGUUCGACCCCGAAGGAGACGACGACGACGCGCUCGCCUCGCCCCUGGCGCAGCCGCCCCCCGCGCCGCUGGAGCCGGAGCCCCAGGCGGUGGACGCGGCCGCCCCGUUCUGCCCAUUCGCUUCGCCGACCUCGUUGCUCCGGUACGGCCCCGACGAGGUGGCCGCCGCGCCCGCGCUGCCGGCGUUCGACUUCCUCGACGGCGAGCUCGGCGACAUCGGCGCCGCGGCGGCGCCGUCCAAGGCGGCUGCGGCGGAGUUCGACUGGCUGCCGUGGUGGGAGGGCGAGGACUUCGUGACGGCGACGCGGCUCACGCCGUCAGCCGGUGCCGCCGCCGUGAGCGUGGUGUGACGGCGUCACCCCGCCUGUCGUGGCGCGCUGCCUGUUCGGACGCUCGGGGCGGGAACCGGCGGGUGACGCGUGGGCGGCCGUGCAGCGCAGGCGCGCGCCGCGGGAGUAUUAAAUUACUAAGAAAAAGUAUUAUUUUAUUUGUUAUUAACUGCUGCUGCUGCUAGUGCGUGGUUGCUUGUGGCGGCGAGUCCUGUCCAGGGGCAGGGCGGGGUCGUGGCGGGCCCCACCCACCGAGGCGGCGGGGGAGGGCCCCCCUCGGCCCCUCCCCCGCUGCUCUCCGCGCGCCGGGGUUUUGCCUUGAACCGCACGCCUCUUGCCCCGCCCGAUGUUCUUGAGUGGAGCGAGGAGUGGUGAUGUGUAAUUGUAAUUGUCAUGAACUGUUAAUGUGGUGGUUAGCUAGUGAUUAGUAGUGGCCUGUGAUGUGCUCUCCGUUUCAAAAUGUAGGUAGAUCGUUUUGUCUUUUCUAGAUUUAUAA